AUGGGCAUCGUAUCCAACCUACCAAUGGCUAUGGGAACCGACGGACAGCAAGUCAUACAUCCCUUCUUCCGACAAGAAUUUGGUGUCUCGGUUAAAUCUAAACCCUCAAACGAGCCAAUAUCCCCCGUGAAUACCCAUGUACACGAGCUUCCACCGAUAAGCAGCCAAAGCUCCACGCAUGAGCAGGGGCUACAUACCCUGGAGAACUGCGGUUUAAAUGUCCCCAAGAUAAACAAUGAGAGUUCUGUGAAUCUUGAGGAAGACCUGAACGAGGAUCGGAGGAAGAGGCGAAGAAUGGACACAACCCAACCCACUGAACCCACGCCUACUUCCAGUGCAGGUCUGUCAGAAUGGCUCGGCUACAGCGUGAUGAACAAUAACCCUUCUUCAACCGAUCGUUCUCUCGAGACCGAAAUCAAAUUGCCUAUACCUCAGCCCGAGCUUCCACCGGCGGAGACUCAACUUCAUGCAGAUGAAACCCGAUUAUUGACACCUGCCGAGAAGGAGAAGCCGGAGGGUCGAGUUGCAAGAACAUCGGCAAGACAGAAAACCCUCAGACUGAAUUCGAAGGGAGGGUUCCUGUCGUCACCCGCCUCUAGUCCUCCCCGAGAGACAAGAAAAGGAGCGCCAGGGAAGCGGGGGAGGCCACGAAAGGCUAGGAGCAAGGUGGCGACGAUCAAGUAUAGUGUUGCCACAGAAAGGAACCUCGGGAAGUUGAUCGAUAAUAUCUUAGGUGGCCGAGUGGUUCAAAAACCCCCUGCCUCUAUACCCUCUGUUCAACCGCGCAAGACGAAAAGCCAACCCGAAAAGCCCACACAUCCGUUUUUCAGCAAGAAAACAGCACAAAAACUCGGGCCCGGGAGUCCAAAUGGAUCUCAAUCGGACAAUCCGGAUAUCAGCGCGAGCGUGCCUUCAAGCCGGACCACAGCUGGGGCGAAGCGGAUAGUAGCAGCUUCGGGCAGCUCCUUUACUAGCUUUCCCCGCCGUGUAUCCAAGUUUCCCGAACUGCUUGAUCCCCUUUGGCCACCGCGAGAUCUCGUGCAUGUCAGAGACGUUCAGCCACCCCCAGAUGUUAAUAAUCGUGUCUGGCAUACUACGCAAGACCAAAAAAAAUCGAAGAUUGCAGCUAUCUCAAUUAGAGACGAAGAAAAUGUUCUUCUAGCCGGAACAGCUGAAGCAAGGAGGAUCGCCCGUCUGUCCAAACAGGACUAUGAUGCCCUAGCUAUUCUUCGGCAUCCCAUCCGACACGUUGCAAGCAGCCAAGUCUUGCAUACGGCAAUGGAACGACAGAUGUCGUGGUCCUCACCAAACCGCCAAUUUCCUUGGGAUUCUUCUAGUCCGCCUCUUGCGAGACUUCGAUCUGCCCUACUCACGUCAGUUUCAGCUUUCGAUUGUGCAACCUACGAACCGCAGCUUUGGACACACAAGUACGCCCCUCAGUCAGCUGAUGACGUCCUUCAGCUUGGCCGCGAACCACAGAUGCUUCGAGACUGGCUACGGCACCUCAAGAUCACAGCGGUGGACACCGGGAAAUCGUCGAAGGAGAAUGCGAAAUCCAAAUCGAGGCGGGAGAAAAAGGCGAAAAAGCGCCAGAAAGCCGACAAACUCGAUGGUUUCGUUGUGUCAAGCGAAGAGGAGGCCUCUGAGAUGGACAAUCUCUCUGGCUCAGAUGAUGAGCUAGCAGGCGGUGUGACCACAACGCCUCAACGGACAGUCGUCAGGUCGGGAGACAUAGCACCUGGUUUACAUGGAGUAGAAAGAAAGAGUCCGAUGACCAAUGUGAUUCUUCUUAGCGGGCCGGCUGGCUCCGGCAAAACCGCUUCUGUCUAUGCCGUUGCAAAAGAGCUUGAUUUUGAAGUCUUUGAGAUAAAUGCUGGAAGCCGACGCAGUGCCCGAGAUAUGCUGGAGCGGGUCGGAGAUAUGACGCAGAAUCACCUUGUUCAUCUCCUCAACGAAUCCGAGAACCCAACAAACAACGACAAGGAUUCUGCCAAGCAAAACAAGCUGAAGAGCUUUUUCAAAGGCCCAUCCUCGAAAACUAGCAACCCGGUCUCCCAGUCUGGCGAACCUAGCCCUAAGCCCGAAACUACGCCCAAACGACCUCGGGAGCAGAAGCAGUCUUUGAUCCUGCUCGAAGAAGCCGAUAUCCUUUUUGAUGAGGAUCGGCAAUUCUGGACUGGUGUCUUGACUCUCAUCAGCCAAUCUAAACGACCGAUUGUCAUCACCUGCAACGAUGAGAGCUUAAUCCCUACCCAGGAUAUGUCUCUUCAUGCUAUACUACGAUACCGCAAGCCUGCUCCCGACUUCGGCGUGGAUUACUUACUUUUGGUUGCCGCCAACGAGGGGCAUAUUUUAAAGAGAGAAGCCGUCACCAGACUUUAUCAAGGAUCCGGAAUGGACCUUCGGAAGUCAUUGAUGGAUCUGAACUUCUGGUGUCAGAUGGGUGUUGGUAGCGAGAAAGCGGGCUUGGAUUGGCUGCUUCCUAGUUGGCCACCUGGGUCGAACGUGGAUCAUGAUGGGGACCGACUUCGGGUUCUAAGCCUCAACACCUACGAGCGAUAUAUGGGUUGGUUCAAUCGUGAUAUGAUUGUGACCCAAGGCUUGGAUGAAGAGACGGAAAUCAUCCACAACAGCUUUCAAUCGUGGGGUCUCGGCUUGCAAGAUUCCGAAGACAUGGCUGGGAGGAAUGAAAUUGAACUUCUGGCCCCUGGUGAAUUUCAGUCUACUCCCAAGACAGCGCAACUUGACAUGCUGUGCCGGGAAGCGGAUUAUUAUGACAUGAGAAGUUCUCUCGAUAUCCUAUGCUCCAAUAUUCCAAUGGAUGCGAGCAACGAUGUUAUUGAUAUAUCCGCCCCACCGCCGCGAGAAGGCUAUAAAUCCAACUAUCUUGACAAUUACCCACUCCUGCACACAGAGCUACGAGCGGAGUAUUCAUCACUCAGUGAAGCUGUCGGCACUACCUUCGAUGCCUUGAUAAGCAGAACUUUCCGUCGCACAACCGCCGAAGACUUGGAAUCUUUAUACGCGAACCGCGCCUUGAGCAACGCCACCGGGUCUGCAAUACCCCCGCCAACCCCUCCAUCCACUCUCCCUCAAUUCCAGCGCAUCUUUGAACCCAUCAUGCACUUGGCUCCAUACAUCCGCGCCAUCAUGGUCUUCGAUGGUCGCCUCCAACAAUACCGCGAGAGGCUGUUUGCACUCACGGCGCAGGAGCAAGGGCGCGGCGAGAAGCGCUCACGCACGACACGUGCUAGUCGUGCGGCCCUCGAAGGAGGCGACAAAGCCUCAACGCGUAAGGAGAGAUGGUUCGCUCUAGACACGCCUUACUACAAAGUGCAAGGCACUGCAGGACCAGAGUGGCAGCAUGUCUUGUUCCAGAUGGGGUAUUUCCAUGUCCAACCUAUGGUUGAGCCAUCCCCUGAGCGCAGUGACCAUGUCUUGGAUGGCCGGGUCAUGGAGAAUGGCGAGUGA